CUCGAGUGCAACACAGGCCAUAAUUCGAAGGGUGAGUGGGACAGCCUCCUCAUUCGUGAAAAUCGAAAUAAGCUCAUCCUCCUUGGUCAUACACAAACGACAUAAUUCGUUUAAAUCUAUAAUAUCUUCUCCCGAAUUGUCCUCCAAUUUUUUCCUGCUGUAUGUUUUCAUUAUUACGGAUAAAUUAGUAAUCUAUUUUAAACAGACGCUCACUACUUUAUCUGUUCUGUCAAAAUGGCCGAUUUCUGAAUGACGCUUUCUUUAGUUCGAGAAGGCGCGCGCAGAUUUCCUUGUUAUCGAGUAAAAGUUUGUUAGCGGUACCUGCACUGGGUACACUAGUGCAAGUAAUUUGAUAUAAUUUUGGGUAUACCGGUUUUUUUUGCGUGAAUACUAUGAUUAAUAAACAUAGCCUUAUAUGGUUAAUGAUUAAUGUAUUUUCGAGUUUGAUGUGCGUCUCACAAUAUUAACCAUACUACCCCGUAUUAGUGCACACUAAAUACUUCCUUCAAAAAAAUUAUCUGAUCGGCAACAUUGUAAAAUAACCUUAAAAUAUUUUGACUUUUAACAUAACCCCUAAAUAUGAAUAGUUUAAAAGGUUUAUUAAGAGUGGGUCGAUGUAGGACGUUAAGAUGUUUAGGCACAAACAUACAAAUUAGAAACAAAAUAAAGGAAAAUAUAUGUAGCCGUAAUAUAGCGAAAAACAAUGUAAAUUGUAGAUUUUUGUCUUCUAGUAUUGAGACAACGGUGGAUACUUUGGUGUUUGAAAAAGCUUGUGAGGAAACCUUAGAAUCCCUCUCAGAUUAUUUCGAAGAAGUUAUCGAAAAUUGUGAUUAUUUACAGAAAGCUGAUGUAUCGUACAGUAGUGGCGUUUUAACUGUUAAUUUAGGAGAUAAACAUGGAACUUACGUAAUAAAUAGGCAAUCCCCAAACAAACAAAUUUGGCUUAGCUCACCAACUUCAGGUCCAAAAAGAUAUGACUACGAGGAUGAGGGUAAAUGCUGGAUAUACAAGCGAGAUGGAAAAACUUUACACCAGUUGUUACAAGAUGAGAUUUCCAAAGUUGUGGAUGUAGAUUUUUCCAGGUGUGAUUAUGCCAAAUUAUGAUAAUAAAAGACAUCAUUUUAACUAUUGUAAUAUUUAUUCAUUGUGAAGGUAAAUAAAAGAAAACAUUAAAACAAAGUUUUAUUAUACAGACAGUCAUUGUUUUGAACUUAAAAAUUAUUGUAAAAAACUAAAAUAAAUUAAACUUUAUUAUUGUUGUCUUGAUCCAAUCGUUAACUACUUUUUAUUAUCUACAGAAAAGUUUUAAUUUACUUUAAGCAAUGUAGAUGGAAGAGUUAAAAUUUAGGUAGUUAACUUAGGUACCUAUGUCUUUGAAUACUUUAAAUGUAUCUUUAAUAAAAAAAGUUUGUGUUUGUAAAACCUAACUUUUAAUUAACGUACUCAAAAUUAAAAGGACUUUUUUUUUAGCUUAAGAGGAAUAAAAUUAAAUCUCUCAUGACCUACAAAGGGUAAAUCGUGAGAUUUACUUGUUGUAGGUUACAUUUGAAACCAGGUCAAUAAGGCAUGAUUAAAAUUUUUUGACUAAAUUUCAAACAUGUCUUGUUCCACUGGCUUGGAGACCCAAGAGCCCAAACCGCUUUUCUUAAAUGCCUCGUACAA